AUGCCUCUUCUUCGAAACAUCCACAACCGACGAACAACACGUCAAAGACACAUCAACCCUCAUCGAAUCCUCGCUACCAGUCUUCUUCUUCCCGCCCUCGCCUUGGCCGAUGACGAGCCUACAUCCUCAACAGAUCAAGUCUCCGAGCCUUUCGUCGACCAAGUGACAGGUCUCACAAUGGAGCGCUUCUUCGGCGCCCGAACCUCCUUCACAUUUGCCCUGGCUUUACCCGACGCCGCACCUGCGAACGGAACUGCCGGUUCCUUCAUCGGACAACUACAAUUUCCGCUGGCUAAUGGCGAAGGAUGGGGUGCAGCUGGCUUGACGGGAGACAUGGAGGGUAACUUCAUCCUUGCCGCAUGGCCUGACGGAAAAGGAGGAGUCAUGGCUUCGUUUCGACAAGCGAUCGAUGAGGAUAACCCUGCGGAAGUCAAGGGAAACUUCAAAGUGAGACCUUUGCCUGAUGGAGUCUCGGUAAACGAGACUUCACUACUGUACACAUUCCUCUGUGAGAACUGCCUCGACAGUACACUGGGUCUUGGUCCCGAAGCUGCUGUUGGUAACGCUGUCAUGGGCUGGGCCUUAUCGGAGAGGCCUCCAAGGGGAGACCCUUCGAACCCAGGGGCAUUCCUUGGUUUUCACGAAAGGGGCUUUGGACCCUUCACUGCGCGACUGGCGCAAGCUAAGACAGCUGGCUUCGAUGCUGUUGCAGCCAAGGCGCUCGAGCCGGUGGGUGACUCUGGAAGGGCUGUAGCGACAGUACCCAACGCGUUCCUCGACGGCGGGAGUGAUGAUGAAGGUAGCAGUGAUGAGGGAGCUGGAACGGGAGGUGGAGUCGGAGGUGGCAAUGAUGUUGAUAGCGACUCUGGGGAUGAUUCAGGAGAUGAAGACGAUGACUAG